GCCACCAGAUUGAAAAAUAAUUGUAAAUCAGAGCUUGAUAUCUGUGUCUCGGCCACUUAUCAAAACUCGAAUACCCAAUUACAUAUUUUGAUGUGUUGUUCCUAUUUUAAAACUUGCAAGUCACGACUUAUUGAUAAUAAGUUUAUAGUGAAGACGUACAUUAGUAGCCACAUGAGACAAGUUUAGACAGUUCUUUGAGAAGCGUAGUGUUAGAAACGUGUGCGCGAUGCGAAUUUAUAUAAUUCUGUUAUUACUGGCCACGCUCGCCAGCCGCGACGUAGGCGACUGUGCGCGGAUCCUCGGUCUUUUCCCCCAUACCGGCAAGAGUCACUUCAUGGUCUUCGAGCCUCUUCUACGAGAACUCGCUAAACGCGGUCACCAUGUUACUACUGUCUCCUACUUCCCGCUUAAGAGUCCACAAGCGAAUUACACGGACGUGGUACUCGAAGGUGCGGUACAUGAUGGACUGAGCUCAAUUGACUUAUCCAUGUUGGAAAUGCCCAAUCCACUCAUGAAGAUUCCUUUACUGAAUACAAUAGUAUUGAAUGCAGUCGGAAUGGUAAUGUUGUCCGGAUUUGCGUUAGAAACAUGCGAAAGGAUUGUACGUCAGUCAUCUGUGAUAGAAGCCUUAAAGCAAAAAUACGACGUGGUUAUCGUAGAAAAAUUUAACAGCGAUUGCAUGUUGGGACUAACUCAUGUUUUCGGUAUCGAAGCUCCUAUCGUAGGUAUAUCGUCAUGUGCUAUCAUGCCAUGGACUUACGCCAGAUUUGGUUUACCUAAUAACCCCGCUUAUAUUCCCUUCUCAACUACAGCAUACUCAAGCAAUAUGACGUUUAUACAACGACUGGACACGUUUAUUUCGUAUUUAUACAUGGAUAAUUUAUUCCACAAUAUGAUACAGAAGAGAGAACAAGAUAUUAUUGAGAAGCACUUUGGUGUGAAGAUCCCGAACUUGGAGGAAUUAGGCAAAAAGCAAAGUUCCCUGUUGCUGGUGAAUACUUUUCACACCCUUAACGGAGUUCGUCCCACUAUACCAGCUGUUAUAGAAGUCGGGGGAAUGCAUUUAGAUCAUUCUAGAAAAGAAUUGCCUCCGUUUAUCGAGAAGUUCCUGAACGAGUCAGAACACGGGGUGAUCCUAAUGAGCUUCGGUUCCCUGAUGAAAACGUCUAGUAUUCCCAAGUACAAAGAGGAAAUCAUAGUAAACGCGCUAGCCAAGCUAAAGCAGCGGGUCAUCUGGAAGUUCGAAGGGAGCGGGGAGGAGGGCACGCUAACUGGCAAUAUACUCAGAGUCAAUUGGCUGCCCCAGUAUGAACUGCUUCAGCACAAGAAGAUAGUAGCGUUUAUCGCACACGGAGGUUUGCUGGGCAUGACGGAGGCGAUCUCUGCCGGCAAACCGAUGGUGGUGGUGCCAUUCUUCGCGGACCAGCCAGCCAACGCCGCGGCGGCCGCGGAUGCCGGCUUCGCUACCGUGCUGCCAUACACUGAACUUACUGAAGAAAGACUGACUAAAGCAAUGGAAUUUGUUCUGAGCGAUGAAUCUCAACUAAAUGCACGUCGCGUAUCAAGCAUUUGGCGCGACAGACCAGCAGACCCUCUAGAGACAGCGGUGUACUGGACUGAGAGAGUGAUACGCUGGGGCCAUCAUGCGCCGCUACACUCGCCGGCAAGAGACAUGCCUUUUUACCAAGUCGCCUUACUAGACGUUAUCGCCACACUAGCUGUCGCCAUUUUGAUUUUACUGGCGAUGUCAUGGUACAUUUUGUGUAAAGUCUUUCGACUUUUAUUUACUAAAGAAAGUAAAUUUAAAACGCACCGCGACGCAGGCGACUGUGCGCGGAUCCUUGGUCUCUUUCCGCACAUCGGCAAGAGCCACUUCAUGGUGUUCGAGCCUCUUCUACGAGCGCUUGCUGAACGUGGUCAACAUGUCACUACCGUUUCCUUUUUCCCGCUCAAGAAUCCACCGGCGAACUACACGGACGUGGUGCUCGAAGGUGAUGUACUAGAUGAUACAAAUGAGCGUGCUAUGAUUGAGAAGCACUUUGGUGUAAAGAUCCCGGACUUGGAAGAAAUAAGCAAAAAACGAACAUCAGUGUUGCUGGUGAAUACUUUUCACACGCUUAAUGGAGUUCGACCCACUUUGCCAGCUGUUAUUGAAGUUGGAGGAAUGCAUCUGGAUCAUUCUAAAAAAUAUUGCCAGCACAAGAAGAUAGUAGCGUUUAUCGCACACGGGGGUCUGCUGGGUAUGACGGAGGCGAUCUCAGCCGGCAAGCCGAUGGUGGUAGUGCCGUUUUUUGGGGACCAGCCUGCCAAUGCCGCGGUAGCUGUUGAAGCAGGCUUUGCUACCAUCUUGCCUUUUAAUGAACUCACAGCAGAAGCUCUGACUAAAGCAUUAGAAUUUGUAUUGAGCCCUAAAACUCAAUUAAAUGCCCGUCGAGUAUCGAGUAUUUGGCGCGACAGACAAGCAGACCCCCUAGAGACAGCGGUGUAUUGGACUGAGAGAGUGAUACGCUGGGGCCAUCAUGCGCCACUGCACUCGCCGGCAAGAGACAUGCCUUUGUACCAAGUCGCCUUACUAGACGUUAUCGCCACACUAGCAGUCGCCAUUUUAAUUUUAUUGGCGAUAUCAUGGUACAUUUUGUCUAAAAUCUUUCGACUUGUAUUUAGCAGUGGACGUAAAUUAAAAACGCACUAACUUUACAAUUACAUAAUAAUAAGAGUUGCCUUUAUAAUAUACUAGCUUACGC